UUGUUCUCCUAACCUCCUCGUCCUCCUCCAAAUUUCUUAGUUGCAGCCGUGGAGAACUCGGGUUAAUACUCUCUCUCCGUCUCGCGAUUUAGUUUUUGUUGCUUCUUUAGUGAAUUGAAUCGAAGAGGGAUCUUGAAAAAGUAAAAGAGAUGGAGUCUACACCACGAAGAAGUGGAGGAGGCGUGUUCGAAGGUAUCUACAAGUUGAUUAUGCGCCGUAACUCCAUCUACGUUACCUUCGUCAUCGCCGGCGCUUUUGCCGGUGAGAGGGCUGUGGAUUAUGGUGUUCGUAAACUAUGGGAGUACAACAAUGUUGGGAAACGUUAUGAAGAUAUUCCAGUUUUGGGGCAAAGGCCAACAGAAGAAUGAGCUUUUGAGUUCUUCUAGCCAUUUUGAGGAUUCAGAGCAAGCGCUUGUGCUGUAGUAAGCAAUUUUAAUUUUUGCAAUAAAUAUAAUUUGUUUGAAUGCACGAUUAUUGUGUUCAACAAUGUUUCCUCCAGUGCACUCUGGGAUUGUUGACUGGGUAUAAAUUAUGUAGGCUACAAUGAUUUGACAGGGACAUGUUUUUAUUAAGUCUGCUUCAAUUUCUUGUCAAGUCA